UGGUGACGCCGUGGGUUAAACCCUCGCUCGCUCAAGAAGGCAGCAGCGCCAGUGCGCGGCUCGGCUUACUCGCCAAGCAAGCUCGCUCACACGAGAAGACACCACCGCCACAACCACCACCACCACCACACUUCCACUUGUCCGACCACCAAGAACCACCGCCAAUAAGAAGAAGUCAGCACAGACGAACCACCCAUCACCACCACCAUUGUCACCGUCACUUGAAGAUCCCCCACUGUGGUCUCUCGUGUUAAGAAGGGUCCCCAUCUUAACUUCAGACCGAUUGAUUGACUGGGGGAGUUCCCCGGCGAGAGUCAAUUAGACAAGUCUCGAUUUAAGUGUCCGAGCAGUCGCGUGGAAGUUAAAUCCCAAGCCUCCUCCAGCAAAGAUGAUGCGUUCUUCCUUCAUCACGCAUUCUUUCUCCAUCGCUGUUGUAAUUCUCGCCAGCCCUUGCUGCUACGCAUACCCUCCGAAUGAAGUGAACUUGCUGGAUACAACAAAAAAUUUCGGACAACUCGGAUGGGAAGCAACGCCCACCACUGGGUGGGAAGAGAUGGCCAUCCAGAUCAACCAAACGGCGCUGAUUCAAGCCUACCAGGUGUGCAACGUGGUGAAGCCCAACCAGAACAACUGGCUGCGGACGCGCUGGAUCGCUCGCGAACGGGCCCAGCGCGUCUACGUGGAGAUCAAGUUCACGCUGCGCGACUGCGGCAGCAUGGCCGGCGUCGCCUCCACCUGCAAGGAGACCUUCAACCUCUUCUACUACGAGGCCGACUCCGGCUCGAGCGCCAACCUGGACGAGAGCCUCUUCGCCAAGGUGGGCACCAUCGCGGCCGACAGCAACUUCGACAACGUGGACGUCAAGGACCGCGUGCUCAAGCUCAACACGGAGGUGCGGGAGCUGCCGCCCCUCUCCUGGCCCGGCUUCUACCUGGCCUUCCAGGACGUGGGCGCGUGCGUGGCGCUCGUGUCGGCGCGCGUCUACUACAAGAAGUGCCCGGCGGUGGUGCGCGACCUCGCCCGCUUCCCCGACACGGUGGCGAACGCGCUGUCGUCGCCGCUUGUCGAGGUGCGCGGCUCGUGCGUGCCCAACGCCGUGGCCGCGGCCGACCCCAGGAUGCACUGCAGCACGGACGGCGAGUGGCUCGUGCCCAUCGGGCUGUGCGUGUGCCACGCCGGCUACGAGGCUGCGGGCAGCCAGUGCCGAGCCUGCGGACUCGGCUACUACAAGAACACGACGGGAGGGCAGCCGUGCGACCUGUGUCCUCCGGAGAGCUUCACCACUCGACUCGCGUCCACGCACUGCGGAUGCAAAGCGGGAUACUACAGGGCAGAAGCUGACCCUGUCAGCUCUCCGUGUACACGCCCCCCGUCGGCGGUGCGCAACGUGAUCUCGAGCGUGAACGAGACGUCGGUGAUCCUGGAGUGGAGCCCUCCCCAGGACAGCGGGGGCCGUGGCGACGUGAGCUACCGCCUCGUGUGCCAGACGUGCGGCGGGGGCAGGGACGCCGCCGCCGCGACGGCGUCAACGACAGCGGCGACGACAGGGACGGCUGCGUUGCCGCCGUGCGCUCCGUGCGGGGACAGCGUGCGCUUCCUGCCGCGGCGCGAGGGCCUCGCGGUGCCCGGCGUCACCAUCGCGCACCUGCUGGCGCACACCAACUACACCUUCCGCAUCGAGGCGCUCAACGGGGUCUCGCGGCUCAGCCCCGCACCGCCCAAGGCCGUGUCCGUGUCGCUCACCACCAACCAGGCCGCUCCAUCUAAAAUCAGGUCACUGUGGUACGAGAUGCAAACCAAGGACCACGUGAAGCUGUCAUGGUUCCAACCAGAUCACCCAAAUGGAAUAAUCCUGGACUACGAAAUCAAGUACUACGAAAAGGGCCAGCGGGACACCAGCUACAACAUCCUGCACACCAAGGUGCCGUCGGCCAGCAUCGAGGGUCUCCGGGCCAAAAUUGUGUACGGCUUUGAGGUGCGGGCGCGCACGGCCGCCGGCUUCGGCAAACCCAGCGACCCCGUGGAGAUCAACACCGACCAGUACCAACACUCCAAUACGACUCGUGUGGCCGUCAUCGUCGUGUGUGCCGUGAUUCUUCUCGCCUUCAUCGUCUUCACGGUGGUCUGCAUCCGGCGAAGGAAAAUGCGCAACAUGACACCGCAAAAGGAUGAAGAGGAGAAUUACCCCUUUAAGAAUGAAGAAGUGAAAUUCCCCAACCGGAGGAACUACGUUGACCCCUUCACGUACGAAGACCCCAAUAAAGCCGUCCAGGAAUUUGCCCGCGAGAUUGAGCCGUCCUGGAUAACCAUUGAGAAGGUUAUCGGAUCAGGCGAGUCCGGGGAGGUGUGCCGGGGCCGCCUGCGCGUGCCGGGCCAGGCCGAGGCACCGGUGGCCAUCAAGACUCUGAAGGCCGGAUACAGCGAGAAGCAGCGCAGGGACUUCCUGAGCGAGGCCAGCAUCAUGGGCCAGUUUGAGCACCCGAGCAUCAUCCGCCUGGAGGGGGUCGUCACCAAGAGCAAGCCGGUGAUGAUAAUCACGGAGUUCAUGGAAAACGGCUCCCUGGAUGCUUUCCUGAGGGGGAACGACGGGCAGUUCAACGUGGUCCAGCUGGUGGGCAUGUUGAGGGGCAUUGCGGCCGGCAUGAAGUACCUGUCCGACAUGAACUACAUCCACCGCGACCUGGCCGCUCGCAACGUCCUGGUGGACAGCAAGCUGGUGUGCAAGGUGUCCGACUUCGGGCUGUCACGGGGGCUGGAGGACGAUCCGCAGGCCGUCUACACCACCCACGGAGGCAAGAUCCCCAUCCGCUGGACGGCCCCAGAAGCCAUCGCCUUCCGCAAGUUCACAUCGGCCAGCGAUGUGUGGAGCUUUGGAGUCCUCAUGUGGGAGGUCAUGUCCUACGGAGAGAGGCCCUACUGGGACAUGAACAACCAGGACGUGAUCCAGGCCAUCGAGGAGGGCUACCGAUUGCCGGCGCCCAUGGACUGCCCGCCGGCGCUGCACCAGCUCAUGCUCGACUGCUGGCAGAAGGAGCGCACUGAGAGGCCCAACUUCGCGCAGAUCCACGCCUACCUGGACAAGCUCCUGCAGAACCCCGUCAGCCUGCACGCCACCUCGCAGUCCAGCGUCGAGCUGUCGAACCCGUUGCUGGAGAGGAAGGCUCCGGAGUACACGAUGUUCUGCUCGGUGGGGGAGUGGCUGGAUGACAUCAAGAUGGGACGCUACAAGGAGAACUUCACCAACGCUGGCUUGGUGUCGUGGCCUGCCGUCGCACAGAUGACACCGGAUGACCUACAAAGACUUGGAGUGACCCUAGCCGGACAUCAGAAGAGAAUUAUGACCAGCAUCCAGACCCUCCGAGUCCAGCUUGCCAAUGCGGUGCGGACAUAAACGAGCGUCGGAGAGAGAAGUUUCACAACGUCAGAGCAGAAAGAAAAGCAAAACAAUUGUGAUUUAGGGAGACGUUAUGUUGCACGUGUGGAAGUCUAAACUUCACGUGCACAAGAAUGAACAAGAGCUGCAAUACUUCCCUGCAUACGAAAAUGUUGGAGUAAGAUUGUAGAUCUUAAAAAUGAAAUGCUUAACGGAACACGUUCGUUCACUUUGUUAAUAUUUUUUAAACCAUCAACUAUCAUGAUACUAAUCAACGUCCUGCAACAGUAAUGAGUGAACACGUCUGUACAUACUUUAGCCCUGAACGAAUAAUAAAGCUGCAUGUUUAGUUCAUGUGGAUGCAAUUUGCACAGCAAAUUGAGGCACAUUGAUGAAAGUACUUUUAAUAGAUGGUUAUUAGGUUACCUGUUUUGUUUAUUUUAAAUGUAAUAUUUUCUAUUAUAAUGUAAAUGUGUCCUGCUUUUGCUAUCAAUAUGGUGAAACAUUUUAUAUCGGGUCUAUUGCUGCACACAUGAUCAUAGGUGGAUCAAAUACAUCCACAGAACUCGCUUUGCAGUACAUUGCAUGUGGCAAGCUGGUUGGACAAAUAUACGUCCAUUGGAUCAAGGUCAGCGUGUAUAUUUUAAACAAUGUAUGAAGUACGUCUGAAAGCGAGUUCUUAAUGUUUAUCAUUUGAUACAGGGGUAAUCGUCCUGCAUUCCAAUAAUUGGGAUAUUGUGUACAAAUGGGGUAAUAAUUGUAAGUUUAAUUACUUAACAUUUAAUAGGUUUUGUGAUGAGCUACAUGUACAAAACGAUCAAAUGAGAGUGUACGGUGUAUAUAUCUUACAUUUAGUGUAAAGGCGAGACAAUCAAACCGUGGUGUACGUGUGUGUUGUUGUACAGCAUUUCAAAGUGGCCUUUCAAUGUACUGAUUUCAUGAUAUCCAUUUUAAUUUUACCAAAGAUACUGUAAUCACUCAUCAUUUUAUUGUUUUUUUUUAUUACUUUUAUAGUACCUUUUAUGCAAUUUUGUCCUGUGUGCUUCCUUGACUUAAAUUGGAAUGGAAAUAUGAAUAGACAUUAAACGGUAAACACAAAAAAAUCUCUUGACAAAAGAAGUGCACUUAUAAUAAUAAGAGUGACGUAUAAUUGUUCAUCAUCCAAACAAUGUUAUUAACAAUGAUGUAACAUUUGUGUGGAAUUUUUGCAUCGGUGAAAAGUUGUCAUGCUAACCAAUGGAUCUGAUAUUUGAAAUUGGCUGCGUUGUUGCCCAUUGCUUUAAAAAAGCACCUUUUUAUUGACCUCAAGUCAAGGUACCAAUAUUGUAUAUGCAGUUGUAAGUAAUACAGAGUAAAAAAAUAAAUACUCCUAUGAUGUUUAGGUAAGCAAAAUGUAUCUUAAAAAACGAUAAACGUUUAAACUUUCAUUUUAAUUAUUGAUUAUCACUACAUGUAUCUAUCUUUACCUUAUGUGUGCCUUAUCUUGUAGCUAUUUUUCUUUUAGCAAUUGGGAUUUUCUUCUUCUUCAUGAAAAUACAAUCGGUUCUGUUUUGCUUAUUUAUUUAAAUUAUUUAUAUUUAUUUACAGAAUUGGCUUCUCCCCCCCCCCUGCAUUAAGUGUGCUCUCCUAUUAUUAUUAUUUUUGCUAAACAUUUCCUGACGCCUCUG